AAGAGGAGCUAUCAUACAUCAUGUUGAGCUUGCCACAGGGUUGGUUAUAGGUCUUUGUUUGCACCAUGGCGGACCUGCGAAAGCUGAAUCGUGGCCUUGCAGCUGUAGGGCUGUUGCCGCCGAGCAGAGACGACCACGAGGGUUGGCGUGAUUGCUUGACAAAGCUUUGCAGCAACUACCUCGGGUCGGAGUCCAAGGAGGACUCCGACAAGCAGCCACUUCCAGCCGAUUUACAGGGCGCUGCCCUGCAAGCGCGGGUGGAGGAGCGCCGAAAACGCAUUCUUGAGCUUGACUUGGACCUGGGUUUUGUGAGCCAGAGGGAGGCCAAGCUUCGAAAGUUCUCCAAGGACCCACUUCUCCAGACACGUUCAGCUGAUGAUUUUGCCAGAUGCCUGCAACGGGCUCGGGCGCGGCUCGACUCCGUCAGCGAGGAGGAGAUUGAUGACGGCUUGGACCUUGCGGGCUUUGUGGAGAAGCUCACGGUGCUGCUAAAGGAAGUCACAUGAGCGCCUUUGCCUGCCAGUGAAGUGGUUGUUCACUCCAGCUGUGCGUGCCGGAGAAAA